UCUACAGUAUGAGCUGACGUCAGUGCUGUCAGCAGCAGAUCUGAGUUCAGAUCUUAGACUACACACUCCAUUUCUGAGCUGCGCAGCCGCUCUGCGCAUCCGUCAGCUGAUCCGAGGUGGACCACGCAGCCAUUUCUCUGCCCUCUCUGGAAAUAAAACCCACAGAGGAUGUGUCGUCUGUCCAUCCCAGCUAGAAGAAGCCGUGGGGGAGUCCUGCCUCUCUCUGCAUGACUUCUGGCUGGAGUCUGGAUCACCGAUCUCCAAACUUUCUCCCUCGAUCCAACGCCUGCGCAGACAGGAGCAGCUCUCCUCCAUUUGGCUGCUGGGUUUGUUUUUUUCUGGCUGCUGUGGAGCCAUGGAGGGGAAUCUGCAGGGAGGAGGCAGCGGGGACGUGGCGGAGAUGCAUGUGAAGACGGAGGCGGUGGAGGAGAACCCAUCUGCGCUGGAUGUGGGCAGCCAGGAGCCGCCUGCGCCCUGCGGAGAUACCGCAUGCAGAGCAGGAGGAGGAGGAGGAGGAGGAGGGGAGCAGACUGCAGAGGAGCUGGCUGACACCACCACUACUACUCCUGUGAUACUGUAUCCUGUGAGCACAGACCGCUUCUUCACCACAUCAGGAGAUGGAAAAACUUACCUGAAGAUCGCUCCAGCUGCAGUCGUGCCUCCUGCCCCCUCAGAGAAGACGCUUCCCUCCGGCUCUGAUUUCUCCUCCAAAGCCGUUUUGUGUCUGAUCGAGGCGGUGGGAAGGCGCUGGGGAUUGUACGAGACUCGGGAACGUUCUCAGCUCUUCCAGAGCGUCCAGGAGGAGAUGGCCUCCAAGGGACAUGUGCUUCCUGUGGAGAAGAUCCGCCGCAAGUGGAACAACCUGAUCGUCACGUAUAAGAGGGUUAAAGACCGCAGCCGGGAGACGGGACACGCCAAAACAUCCUGGGAGUUCUUCGAUCUGAUGGACGCCACGCUCUGCGACACUAUCGGCACUCAGAUCAUCAACAACAAAAGAAGCAAAGGCAGCAACUCAGUUUCUACGAUGCCGAGUCCUUUGACAAAGAUCGCCGCCAAACCGGCACAGCUUCCUCCGUCCACCACCAUCGUCCGGCCCAACGGGGACUUCUCUACGACUGGAGGGGAGUCGGUGGGUCUGGGGUCUGCUACCAUCAGCAGCACCACAGCCAGUACCUCAAUGAACGCAGCAACCAUCAGUCCAACAAACGCUCCAGAUCUGAAACCCCUGAUUGUCCUGAAUGGAGACAUGGUGACCACCAGUAUCCACCCUGCCUCCAUCGUUCCAGCUCCGUCUUUUAUCUCCUCACCUUGUUUUACAGAAGCAGCGUCUACAUCUCCUUCUCUAGGUUCAACCAGCAGCACAGACCUCAACACCUCUGGCUACACCACCUGUAAAACUCCAUCCUUCUCCUCCGGCGUCAUCCCGUUUCGCCUCAGUACGACACCGCUCACCCACAGUCAGAACCUCCUGGGUCUCUCCUCCUCAUUUCCUCCUUCGUCCUCCUGCCUCUCUUCUUCUGUCUCCACCUCGUUGUCUGCAGGAACCGAAGGCCAGAGCCAGAAAGGAAACAAGGAGCAGAGCAGCGUGACGUUGUUCCAGGAGAUCCUGAAGCAGCAGGAGGAGCAGGCCUACCUGGACAGAGUGGCUCGCCGGAGGGUUGAAGCCAGAGAGAAGAGGCGUGAGAGGAGGGAGGUGCGAAUGUCGGAGUCUCUGGGACGGAUGGCCACGGCUCUGGAGCUGCUGUCCUCCAAACAGGACACCGUCAUCGCCCUCCUGCAGAGACUGGCUGACCGGAAGUGAAAAGGCUGGACAGCAGGGUUCUGGAGUUAGAUCAACAUUUCUGUUUAACUCACAAGUUAGUGAUGGUUAUUUAGGAUGUUUUUACCGUGACGAGUUUCAAAUGCAUCUCCCUCAGAAUCCGACAUGUGAUGACGGGUCUUUUUGUCAGAUGGCAGAUUCUGACAGAUCUGUCUGAAUCUGUUAGACUAGAUUAGGGUUAAUUCUAGGCGCCGCCCGAUGAGCUCUGGAGGAUGGGGUCCAGAUGUUAGAGGUUAGACCAGGAGAGUCCAGCUCAUCUUAGUCCAGGUUCCACAUUCAGCCCAGUCUGAUCUCCAGUGGAUCAGACCGGUAAAACCACAGCAUAAUAACCUGUAAAUAACCACAACUCCUAAUGGUUCCUUUACUGCAAAAAAAAGUCCAUUCUGAAAAUGUUCACAUUUAAGGAAUUGUCUUUUUACAAUACAUCAUGAACAACCUGAGGUUUAUGAAGAAAAAUAAGUUUGAUUUCAAAUCAAAAUGUCAAGAGUCAGACAAAAAAGACAAAAAACGAGAAAAUAUUACAAAAAUGAGACACAAAACAAAGCGACGAAAAAUGGACAAAUGACAAAAACGAGACAAAAAAAUUACACAAAUGACCCAAAUGAGACCAAAAACGACAAAAACAUGAGAAACAAAAAGACACAAAAAUAGACAAACAACACAAGUGAGACAAAAAGGAAACACAAAACGACAAAAACGUGAAACAAUAAAACAAGACAAAAAAAGACACAAAAAUGAGACAAAAGAACAAAGAACAAUCUAGUAUUUUACUUUCUGUUAAAAACACCUUGUCAUGGUCUAGAAAUGAUUUUAAAUUUAUAGUUUUACUAAUUUACAAUCUGCAGUUAAUGUCUUCCCUGUAAUCUUUACACUUUGAGGGAUUGGACCCUCUGGAGGACCACUUUUGGACCACGGGCCUCAUGUUGGACACCCCUGGUUCAGACCUCCUUGUCCAGCUUCAUGGAGUCCUUCACUCGCUGUCUGAUCUCUACGGCCUCCUUGACGUUGAGAUGCAGUCGAAACCUGUGGCGGUAAAAACAUCCUUAGUCCUUACUAAUUUGUUGGUUUAAAAGAAGCGCUGGUCUGAUAUACCAGACAGCAAAGUGAUCAGAACCAAGGUUCUGUAAGUUCCCCCAUCCUCGGAUCAUGCUUAUAAAACCUGCCAUACUGUGAGCCGGGACACAAUGCUUCUGAAAAGGGUUUUAUGCAACUCAAGAAAUGUCAAAUAUUGUGUUAUUGGUACAUGCUUUACAUUUUACUGCAUCCAAUAAAAAGAUCCCAAAUACA